CCGGAAGUUGAUUUGUAACUUUCGUUUUCAGAUUGGCUACAUGUAAACAAAUUAUUGUUCUGGUUAAAAUUGCUUAACAAAUUAAAAUAACAGUAUACAAAGAUCUUCGACUGGGUUUUUAAACCGGACAAUAUUAAUCUUGUUUUAUAAAUAUGAUGUUAAAUAAGAGACAAUCUUCAAUAUCUUGUGCCCACCUUAUUUGUUUGAUAUUUGCCGGUGUUUUGUGCCUGGGGGUGGGUCAGAAUGUGGUAACACAGAAUGAGGAUGGCUCAGAAGGCUCCAUUACUUUCAAGACUCCCAAACUGGAUGAUGAAGAGGCACACAGCAUGCAUAUGCCUUCUCACCUGAAGUGUGAUGCAUGCACUGCAAUCGUUUAUCAGUUGACAAAAGUAUUUGAUGAGUUUCAUAGCAAGAGAAAGUCGUUGAAAAGUAUACCAGAGUCUGAGAUGUACAGAAUUAUAGAGGAUGUGUGCUCAGGCACAAUACUGGAUACUUACGGUGUUAAAGAUGUGAAAAAGGUGAAGAGACUGUCUGGACCUGGCCUUGAGGCAGAGAACGUUCCUGGAAUCAUGGCUGGUGGUGGAAAAUGGCCAAAUCGGAUGAAAACCUUGUGCAGCCGGUAUGUAGAGGAAUUUGAAGAGGAAGGUCUAUACAGAGAGUACAAGAAACAUGAUGGCAGCCUGCACCGUCUACUGUGUGAGAACUCAGCCCAGCCCUCCCUUACUGACGUCUGUCUGAACCUGCCUUCAGUUGGGAACAACCCUAAACAGGAAUUGUAGCAUCCGCCUUACUGCUUAUUUUUUAUGCAAUCUCCUUGAAAGUUGCAAAUCCAGGACAGGUCCACAAAGUCUGGGAAUCUGUAAUAUGUUACUGGCUCAGAUACUUGUUCAUGAUUUACCUGAAUAACAAUCUGUGUAAAUAUCACUGGUAAAUAAUAUCAUAUUGUUGUGUAACCCAAUCUAUUAUUUUUGAAAUUCUUGGUAAAAAUGGAAAAAUCAUUCAAGUUUUUUAUUAAAGAGCAAAUAAUCGCAAAUAAAUAAUUAGCAUUUAAUCGAGUACAAUAAUUAUUAUGGCUAGUGACCAAUUUUGUAUGUUCUCCAUUUUGAUUGCAUUUGUAAAACUUUGCAUAGAUUGAUACCAUAUACCUCAACAUUAAACAUAUUCUGUUUCCUAGGAGCUUCUCUGCCUAUGAUGUCUCUGGUAAAAAACAACCAUUUUAACAUACUUUCAGAAGAAAUCAGUCUUCAGCUCUGUAUCAUCUUUAAUUAAUACACAUGACUUUGUUGUGAAUUGAUUGACUUAUGCAAUAGAUAUCCUUUGCUUUAGCCUUUACAUAGUUUAUAUGCACACUUUUUUUUAUUGGUGUUUUGAUGCACAUAACAUUUAUGUACUGUUUUUUAUUCUUUAACACAUCCAUAUUUGAUAUAAUGACAGAUUGUUGUUAUCUAGAGAUAUCUGAGUAUUUCAUUUAUGCUUUAAAAAGUUAGUUUUCUUGAGUAUUGGAAAAAAACUUCCAGCAGGUGUUUUAAAACAUCUUAUUUUUCAAUUAUUAACCAUUCGUGUUUAGGCCAACCAAUUCUAAGACUUCAGUCCAAAACUAAAGAGAAUUGUUCAAACUGUUUUGUUCUAGUAGUAUUACACAGUUAAUUAUGAAAUGGAAUUUAAUUCCUCUACAAAUUGCUUCAUUUUGUAGCCAGAAUAUACUGUAUUUAAACUUUGAACAUAUUUAUCUUGGGUCCAAGUUUUUUUAAGUCUUAGAAUAAGAUGGUGAAUGCGUGCCUAAUCAAUCAUAGGGUUUUGUAGCUAAUGUGAUGUUUCCAACAAUUUCGCAUUAGGAAUGGAUAUAAGAAAUAAUGGUACAAAACAUAUUGCUUUAUACAAGUUCCAUUAUGUUCGCCAUUAGACAUUGAAUUUAUUAAUGUGAUAUUUAUGAUACAUGUAUAUGCAUCAAGUUUUAUACGCUUGGAGUGUCGUACACUCAUAUUUAUAUGGCAUCCUUUCUGAUGACUACCAUUUUCCAUUCAGAAAAUGUUUGUAUUAUAUAUUUUUGAUACAGAUUUGUGUUCCAUGUUGUGUUGUGUAGAAUUCAGAUAGCGAUUGGGUAAAAUAUAAUGUUGCAAAUAAAUUGGAACAAAAGUCUUAA